ACGCAGUUGAGGUCUGUGGAAAGCUGUCUGGCGACCAGGAACUGCGGGUUAUGAACAGUUCACAAAUUAAGUUACUUCAUUUGAGGCCGUUAUGCAGAAUUAACAUUCAUGACGUGCAGAAGUGGAGCCAGUGUUUUGGAUGUGCUGGAUGCUUGUAUUUUAUUCAAACAAUCUGUGAAGGCAUUGUUUCAAGCGGAGAUCACAGAAGACUUGCGUUAUGAGGACACUUAACAUUUGGAGCGGGCACAUAUAGUAGCUCGAGAAAGCGGAGGAGACAUGCAUUCCUGGGCAGCCUUAUAAGAAUUACAGCUUCCUAAAUGCGUCUUCUUAUCGAGCAGCCAAGAACAAUGAGCAGUGGUUCUAGCAACUUUCUGCUAGUUCCUAUACCGGAGUACCCUGUACUAGACUGCGUGCCCAACAAAAACGUUAAAAUAGCUGUUCUUGGGGCAAGCAACGUCGGAAAAACAGCUCUGAUUGUAAGAUUUCUUACCAAGAGAUUCAUAGGUGACUAUGAACCCAACACAGGAGCCUUGUAUUCAAGGAAGAUUAAUUUGGAUGGGGAGCAAGUUUCUUUACAAGUGCAGGACACUCCAUGUGUCUCACUGCAGGAUGAUGUAGAGGGUCUUUAUUGUCAAGAGCAGAUCAACCGCUCAAUUUACUGGGCAGACGGGUAUGUUCUUGUCUUCUCCAUCACUGACCUCAAAAGCUACCAUACCAUCCAGCCACUCUACCAACAUGUGCGUCGAAUCCACCCCAGUGGCAACAUCCCUGUCAUCAUUGUGGGAAACAAAAACGACCUGCUGCGUGCCCGGCAGGUCCCAGAUCAUGAGGGUAAGGCCCUGGCUGAUGAACUGGGAGGUCCCUACUUUGAGGCAUCGGCCAGGGAGAACCAUGAGAGUGUCCAGGCUGCUUUUCUGCAUCUAUGUCAGGAAGUGAGCCGAGCACUGGUAGGAGGAAAUGGGGAGAAGAGAAAAGGAGGGCUACAUCUUGCAAGACCAAAGAGCCCAAACAUGCAAGAGUUGAAGAGAAGGUUCCGGCAAGUUCUGUCAUCCAAAGUGAAAUCAGCUACUGCUCUAUGAUGAAGAUUACGACCAGUGUGACUGCAGAGAAUUCGGAAAGUUUACAGAAUAACAACCAGCUGUUGCUGUGAAAGGAACAACAGUGAAACUUGCCGGAUGUUUUUGCAACUGACAUGGGACUCCUGGCAUUGCCCUUUUAAUCUAAUGUUUUAAAAUCCAUAAAGCCUGGUUUUGUUUAUUUGUUUCAGCUGCUAUCAUUCAUGCAUUUUUUUUCUCCAGUGUUAUUAUUCCUUUAGUAACAUGAUUUUAUAUUGACUGCUAAUGUUUGGGUGAGAAUUUGAAAAUGAGAUUGGCACUACUAUUUUGUCCAAGCCCACUAUAUCAGUUUAAUGUAAAGGAAGAAUAAACAGAAUUUGUCUUUGACUAAGUCUGCUUACUACAUUGAAAGAAACAAAAUAAAACAAACAUAACAUCUUUGACACAAGACAAUAGCAGUCAUUCCUACAAGGUUCUCAUGUAGCUUGUUUCCUAAAUGUUAUUCCAGAAUAGUCACAACAUUUCAUCUUACAGUGAAAGACAUUAUUCAGCUAUGUUGUUUUAUAAAAAUAUUGGAGGAAAAGGUUGUUAACUGGUGGUUCCCAUGACCUUUGACCUACUUACACUGUGUCAAGGACUUUAAGUUCGCUGUGUCGUUUUGUAGUGUCUCCUUCACUUGUUCUUUUUCAGAUGUCCCAUUCAGCCAUUCUACUGGACUUUUGUUUAUCUUGCAGGACAGAUAAAAUUGCAUUCCUUUGCAGCAGGUAUUGGAGUCCUGGACUGAACUAUUGGCCACGCACUCAGUGACCUUUCACCUUUAAUAAAUGACUUUUCUUCCCGUCACCUAAUGGAAUAAUGAAUAGCAGAUUUGAUCAGAAUGUGACCAACAUUCUCCACUCUCUCAAAAAGUGAGAGUAGGUGUUAUACUUGCUAUACUUUGACAAAGUAAAUGGCAGAAUUGUGGUAAGAUGAAUAUGCUGUGUUGAUUUUACUUCUUUCUCAAUAAGCAUGGCUUGGUCUGUUUUCUCUCUUGCUCGCCUUCUCUUUCUUUUACAUAAACCCACUACCUUUAAUAC